GAUUCACGUGAUCGCGCUGGGGUAGAAAACGCCUGACCCUAGCCCCGGCCUUCUGGGUGCAGCCUUUCUCUGAGCAACCCGUCUGCCUCUAUCGUUGUACCCACCUGCGCGUCCUCCCACCCAGUCCCGGGGUACCCCGGGAUCCCUGUCCGCCAUGCGGCUCCCACCUCCGGUUCCAGGUGGGCCUUGGUGGAGCUACCGCAGCCUCCUGCCCUUCUACAGCCAAGCACUGUUGCUGCUGCUGCUGCUGCAGGACGGGUGUCUGGGGGUCUCCAGCGAGGCGGCUGGCACUCGGAGGCCCAAUGUGGUGCUGCUGCUUACUGACGAUCAGGACGAAGUGCUCGGCGGCAUGAUACCAUUAAAGAAAACAAAGGCUCUCAUUGCAGAGAUGGGGAUGACUUUCUCUAACGCUUAUGUGCCAAGUGCUCUUUGCUGCCCCAGCCGAGCCAGUAUCCUGACGGGGAAGUAUCCACAUAAUCAUUAUGUUGUUAACAACACUUUAGAGGGAAACUGCAGUAGUAAAUCCUGGCAGAAGAUCCAAGAACCAAAUACUUUCCCAGCAAUUCUCAGAUCAAUGUGUGGUUAUCAGACCUUUUUUGCAGGAAAAUACUUAAAUGAGUAUGGAGCCCCAGAUGCAGGUGGGCUAGAACAUGUUCCUCUAGGCUGGAGUUAUUGGUUUGCCUUGGAAAAGAAUUCUAAGUACUAUAAUUAUACUCUCUCUAUCAAUGGGAAAGCACGGAGGCAUGGUGAAAACUACAGCGUGGACUACCUGACAGAUGUUUUGGCUAAUGUGUCCUUGGAUUUCCUGGACUACAAGUCCAACUUUGAGCCAUUCUUCAUGAUGAUCUCCACACCAGCACCUCAUUCACCUUGGACAGCUGCACCUCAGUACCAGAAGACUUUCCAGAAUAUCACCGCACCAAGAAGCAAGAACUUUAACAUCCACGGAACGAACAAGCACUGGUUGAUCCGGCAAGCCAAGACCCCAAUGACGAAUUCGUCAAUACAGUUUUUGGAUGACGCAUUUAGGAAACGGUGGCAAACUCUGCUAUCAGUUGAUGACCUUGUGGAGAAACUGAUUAAGAGAUUGGAGUUGAAUGGGGAGCUCAACAACACUUACAUCUUUUAUACCUCAGACAAUGGCUACCACACAGGACAGUUUUCUUUGCCAAUAGACAAAAGACAGCUAUAUGAGUUUGAUAUCAAAGUCCCCCUAUUGGUUCGAGGACCUGGGAUUAAACCAAAUCGCACAAGUAAGAUGCUUGUUGCCAACAUUGACCUGGGUCCUACUAUUCUCGACAUUGCUGGCUAUGACCUGAAUAAGACACAGAUGGAUGGAAUGUCUUUAUUGCCCAUUUUGAGAGGGGCUAGCAAUUUGACUUGGCGAUCAGAUGUCCUGGUGGAAUAUCAAGGGGAAGGCCGCAACGUCACUGACCCAACAUGUCCUUCCUUGAGUCCUGGAGUAUCUCAAUGUUUCCCCGACUGUGUGUGUGAAGACGCUUACAACAACACUUACGCCUGUGUGAGAACUGUGUCAUCGCUGUGGAAUCUACAGUACUGCGAGUUUGAUGACCAGGAGGUGUUUGUGGAAGUCUAUAACCUGACCUCGGACCCCGACCAGAUCACCAACAUUGCCAAAAGCAUAGACCCGGAGCUUUUGGGCAAGAUGAACUACCGGCUGAUGAUGCUACAGUCCUGUUCUGGUCCCACCUGUCGCACUCCAGGGGUUUUUGACCCUGAGUACAGGUUCAACCCUCGCCUCAUGUUCAGUCACCAUGGCAGCGUCAGGACGCGAAGGUUCUCCAAGCACACUCUGUAGCCACCUCUGCAGCUGGGUCCCUGCCUACCUGCCUGGUGAAGUGAUUCUAGUAAUAUCUGUAGCUAGUCCUCAAGACCACACGUGGAGGCAUUCUGGACGGGUCUGGACAGGCUGCAAGUCUUGUUUGGAAAGCAACCCAGUCAGCUGCCUUCCUUGUGCAAUGUGUGAAACUGUGAACUCUGCCCCUGCAGCAGGAGUGCCCCCCCACCCCACCCCCGCCCUGGCUCCUUCAUUCAGAUGAUAUGGACUGUUCCUCUCUUUCCUUCUGUGGCCUCAGUUGCUGAGCAUCUCCUGGUGGUUCAGAGUCUGAAUUUGUAACUCGAUUCAGAUAGAUGGCAAUACUCUGUGGGGGGUGGGGGUGGGUAUUUCAUACAUCUUGACCUCAAAGAGUGGGCAUAGCAUUCCAGUUGAGCAUUUCACUAUAUAUAAAAAAAAAAUUAACAUCACACGGCUUGAAAAAUAACCAUCAGAGCUGAAUCAUUUGGUUAAGAGUAAAUACUAUUGUUUUUAUACUAGCAGAAUACAUUGUUUAUAAUAUCCACUACAAUGUAAUAAGGUCACAAAUGCAAAACAUAUCCACCGACCUUGGGUGGGGGUGGGGGGUGUUGGUGGAUUUGUGGGCUGUAUGAUGCUAAAAUAGAGCAAGCAGUAAGCUUUUAAUAAAAGCUAAUUCUGGGUAGUUCUGGGUGUCAUUUUACACCGGAAAUGUCUCUUCUCUUGAUAUCAUUUGCCUCUGAAGAGCAAGUUGGUAGAGGCUUUUUCUAAUGCUUGGGAGGAAGGGCUGGCUGUAGUUGGGGAGAACUAAGUGCCUGUCCCAUCAGGGAGUCGGGGUUUCAAUCCCUUGUUUAAAUUUGUUUUCUUCUUUUUCUGCAUUUUCCUGACAUUAUUACUUUGUUACCAGAUGUCACAGUUUCCUGGAGUGGAUGCCCAGCACCAACUCUUUUACCCUACCUGCCCUGUUUGGAGUUCUGUGUCAGGUGUGCCACUCACUAUUCACCUGUCCAGUCUUGUUGAGGUUUCUUCAACUGUCUAGAAAUCCUACAUUUUUAUUAUUCUGUGACUCAGAAGACCAACUUUUUCAGUGUAAAGGCUAAUUGGUGGUUUAACAGCAGAGAAGGAAGAAGAGCUCUUUGAGCCAGGCAGUAUUGAUUUUUAGCUUUAAGAUCGUAGGUUGAGCUUUAAGCAUUUUGCAAGACAAGGGUGAAGUAACAGAAUUCCAGCUAACUAUGCUGGUUAAUAGCAGGUGAAUUUAUUCUCUUACCUCAUACAACCCCAGUGGCGACUGUUCAGAAGAAGUUUUGUAAUUAAAAGGAAACUAUGAUGUUAAAAUAUGGUUAUGCAUUUACUUCUGUAUUUUGGCUCUUAAUCUCAAUAGGCCAACUUCCCCAUCCAUGAAAGUUGACUGUUAUUCCCCAAUAAAAAGACACCAACUCUUACCACGCCCUGUAAUGUGCUAUGAUUCAGUUUUACAAUGCCAGUUCCUGAAAGCAGAAAAUGUCAUAAGCAAGACACAAGUUAGGUGGGGAAGGAUAGAAUGAUUAUGCAAAAAGACCCUAGCGUUUCAGGCCUCGAAGGAGUCAGGUUCACUCCCCCACACAAGGUGUCUGCCCACAGUAUCCCUGCCCCACUCUCCCCCUCCACACUUCUACUACACACUCAGCAGGCUUCUCCCUCCAGGCACUGUGUGUGUGUGUGUGGGGGGGGUCCUGCAGCGAGGCCCUCUCUGGAGACAUCUCUUCUACAUUUCACUUUGCAGUAACUUGUAAUUUUUUUUUUUAAAACCCUUGAGCUGGCCUCAUUCUGCAUCUCUGCUAAAAAUUACCUUUUGUAAAGAGUGGUCUCCACUUAUAAUCUAGUAGACUAUACAAAAGGCAUGGGAUAUGUUUAGUUAUAGGGAUCUUAGUAUUAUUUCUGUCUUAUUUGCCAUGAUUCAGAUUUUAAUUCUUUUCAGAUCAGGCUAUUGUUGGUGUCCUUCAAGAAUAGAAAACUAUCUGGAAUGGAUAGAGAUUAUGCCUUAUAAGAUUUCCUAUUACAAACCUCUUUAAAUAGAUUCAGAGGAAUAUGCUUUGACCAUCUUUUGAUUUGACUGAUGGUGCUGUUGAGAAUACAUUUUAAUUGACAUUAGCAGAGUUUUUGUACAAAAUAGUAACGAUAGCCAUAAAAGUUAUACCUUAACCUAUGAAAAACGUUCAUCAAAGUGUUUAAAUCAAGGAUUUUUUUUUUCAACAAAUGAAGAUACAUUGUCUUGUGAUCCUUACUAAAGGGUAUAUAUCAGUUCGAUUACAGAUGGAAUAAGAUUUGGGUUUUUUUUUUUCCUUUAGAUUUGUCACUAUUUAGACCCCACUGAAUUUUGUGAGUUCCUGUUUGCAUCAUCUGUUCCUAGUUUUCUUGCCCUCGCUCUAUGUCAUAUCAGACAUGUGACUUAGAAAGUGCCCUUCAAAAGACCCUGUUCACUACUGCACUUUUCAAUGAAUUAAACUCGAUUUCUGUUCUA